AUGGUUAGUGAUUGGCUUAAGAACUUAUUAAAAUUUCCAAAUAAAUCUAAGCCAAAACAAGCUAAUUAUAAUCAAAAACUUCAAAAGCUUCAAACAGAUUAUCAAAAUCUUCAAACAGAUUGCCAUAAUCUUAAAACAGCUUGUCAAAAUCUUCAAACAGAUCACCAAAAACUUCAAGAGCUUCAAACAGGUUAUCGAAAUCUUCAAACAGAUCACCAAAAACUUCAAGAGCUUCAAACAGAUCAUCUAAAUCUUCAAACAGAUCAUCAUAAUCUUAAAACAACUCAUCAAAAUCUUCAAACAGAUUACCAUAAUCUUAAAACAACUCAUCAAAAUCUUCAAACAGAUUACCAUAAUCUUAAAACGACUCAUCAAAAUCUUCAAACAGAUUACCAUAACCUUAAAACAACUCAUCAAAAUUUUCAAACAGAUUACCAUAAUCUUAAAACAACUCAUCAAAAUCUUCAAACAGAUCAUCAAAAUUUUGAUCAAAAUUUUGAAAAAAAUUAUCAAGAAUCAAAGGCAUUAUUAAAUUUAAAAGAUAAAGAAAUUGAUUAUUUGAAAAAAGCCAAUGAAAAAUUAAAGAAAGAGGCUAUCAAAUAUCAAUCAGCUUUGGGUGAUGCAACAAGUUUUCAACUAGGAAGUCAAGAUUCCAAUAGUGCUGGUCAAUUAUCAAAAGACAUACGCAAUUUACAUAAAAAUUUAGAUAAAUUUUGUGGGUUGAAAAAAGGUAUUGAAAUUAAUGAGUCAGAAGUAAAAGAAUUAUUGAAAAAAUUUGGUUGUUCAAUCACCGAUAAGAUACGUAAUAGUAAAAACGUGAUUUCUGGCGCAUUAGAGCGUCACGUGAUCGAAUACAUCAUUGAAAAAACCAAAAAUUACCUCGAAAAGAAUGACAAUGAUGACAAAAAUGAUGACGGGAAAUACAACAAAAAGGAUGCCGAAAAACACAAGGAAAAUGAUGAUAAAAAAUGCAACAAAAAUAAUAGCGAAAAGGAUUACAAAACACAGCAACAAAGUUUGGAAAGUUUGGAAGUCGAAAUAGUCGAGACAACAGAACAACUAUUGAAAUUGACACAUUCAAUUUCAAUAAAUCGCGCAGGAACUGAAGAAGUUAGCAAAGCUACUUCAACAAAAUUACGUCAACAAAUUUAUGGUGUCCUUGGAAAUCGUGGAUUUUCCAAUAUUAUUGUAGACAAAGAAAACAAAAAACAUCCAUUGAUUGCAGUGUUACAAAAAGAUAUUUUAAAUUUAAUGAAUCGUUAUCGUACAAUUAAAAAUCCAGAAAAGUUGUCAGAAAUUGAAAGCAUAAUUGAUGAAAUUGUUAGGCAAGUUGUUAGUAUAUUUUUUUUCAGAUUAAAAGUACAAGAGCCUGUUGCCGAUUGGAAAUUUUUUGAAAAUAAAACAAGCAUCAAUACUAUUGUGAUGGAAGCACCUUGGGAUGAAAAUGAGCUUGAAGAUUUACAUGUUGAUAUUUGUGCAUUUCCAAUAAUUGGAUCUAAUCUUUGUGAAGCUGACAAAGUUGAUGAAAAUUUGAAAGUAAUCUUUCCAGCACAAAUUAUCACAAAUAAUCCUACUAGAAGUCAUUAG